AUGUGGGACCGACUGGAGACACUGUAUCAGCCGAGGGGCCUGUAUCGUCAGGUCGCGUUACUCGAAGAACUCACGUCGAUCCGUUACGCGGAUUGCCCCGACAUGAAGACGUACAUAAACAGGAAGGUCAAAGCGGCGCAAAGUCUCCGCGCGAUUCACAGCAAAGUCGACGAUGAACUCCUGGCUGGGCUGAUACUAAUGAAGCUCCCCGAAGAAUUCACGCCUCUGACACAAAGCAUUUCGACGGCAGAGAACGUCACUACAGAAUUCCUGAGUAAACUCGUUCCGAUCGCGGGAAACGAUCUCCCGAAGACUCAGGCGCAAACCACAGUUCUUAUUGAACUGCUAUCAAAGCCCGUGAACACGACGGUCGAUAUCCUCGUAGUGGUAUUCGACGUGAGGCUACCACAAACUUCCAACAGUCGAGAUGGUAUCAACCGCGAAAAACAAACGGUUACUGUACUCGACGACAGUAUGAAAAUGGUGAAUCUUGGCCUCUGGUCGGAGUUUGUCGGCAAAUUAGAUGGAAAAGAAGGUGAUGCAGUCAUUCUACAGAACCUCCAAGAUACUUCGUGUACACCAGAUCCAACCACGGAGAAUUACUUUGAAAUGACCCAACAUCCAAACGCAACAGAGUCGUCACAAAGCCCGCCCCCGCGGAGUCCGUCCGAAGAUAAGGACAAUAACAACAAAGGCCGACAGAGUCAAGGCCUCAUCAGUACGUACGUCGCUAGCCGACGUCUCAAACGGAAGCUCAAAGCGGCUGCCAAAAGCCUCGAACUCAAAGAAGCUCUGACCAAGCAGCUACACGGUCACAUCGCCAAGAGCCUAAUCAAUGGCAUUGCGAAUCGCCUCGAGCAUCAGAUCGUACAGAGCCUUGUCACGAACCUAUCGACGACAACAUCGGCUCAGGUCACGGGAGUCGCUCAAUCACCGAUCCACAGACAAUUCCAACAGCAGCAACUGCAUCAACAUCACAGCCACCACCAUCAACAUCAGCCCCAGCUCCACCUAAACCUCCAGCACCAGCUGAAUCGACAACUUGUUACGACAGAGGCUGCUGGCAACAUAUAUGGACUCCCCUCGGAUGCGGCAGGUCGUUCAACGCUAGCGAACUCCCAAGGCGGUUCGAUGCUUGUCCACAACCUCCUGGGACAGCUAAUGGGCCAGAACCAGCCGUGCUCUGCGCCUCUCAACCUCAACUCUGUGGCGACCUGUAGAGUUCCAAACUACCACCAGACGAGUCCGAUAUCGUCUCCGGCCCACAGCAGCAGCAAUUCGACGUCGAAAUACCAGCAACAGAUACCGCCCGCACUUGCACAUCAUCUCGCCUCUCUCAACAACCCGGCUGGCAAGCAGAUCGAAGGCCCCGAAGGCUCCAACCUGUUCAUCUACCAUCUGCCGCAGGACUUCGGCGACAACGAUAUGGUGCAGCUGUUCAUGCCAUUCGGCGAAGUCAUAUCGGCCAAGGUGUUCAUCGACAAACAUACGCAACUGUCCAAGUGUUUCGGUUUCGUGUCGUACUCGAACGCGAUCCACGCUCAGGCUGCGAUCAAGGCGCUCAACGGUUUCCAGAUCGGCACCAAAAGGCUCAAGGUCCAGCUCAAACGGAAAAGACCCGAGCACAUCAUCCAGAAGCCGCCCUAUUGAGCUAUCCUCAGCGUCUCGCUGACAAACUCGCUCAUGGAGAGGGUCCAGACGAGAUUACAGUUUCGCAAUCUAUGUAGAUUUGUAUAAAGGGCGUCCGAGAGAUCCCGAAACGUUUUUAGGAGAACUCCGCUCUUCCAACUCGCAUUGAGCGGCGUACGGAAAAAACGUGUAUUUUGUGGGCGGGAGAAAAAGAUUACAAUGAUGUUAUGAUUACGACUCGAUUUCUGUGAGAUCAACGAUGAUCAUCACGACCGAAAAAGCGUGUUUGUGGAAGGGAAUCGGGCACCCGAGGCUAUGAAGUGAGACUCAGACAGCGUACGAGCUGAAUCAUU